AUGACGAUCUGUUUCGUUGCAGGAAAAACUUUCACGUUGACGAUCACCGUACACACGUACCCCCGCCAGGUCGCGACGUACACGAAGGCGAUCAAGAUUACGGAGUCGAUCUGUCGAUCAAGCGUCGUCUGCGGUGUUCCACGUCGAACCCCGAAGAAGGUACAUCUUGUGGGUCAUGCGUCUUUGCGUUUUCUGUACUUGCGCGUCGUCGAGGCGCGAAACAUGAACAUUGAGUCUCGAGCUCGAGGCGCGAGGCAUCUCGGUACACCGUAA